ACUCCGAGAAGUUUAGGAGCCACGGAAUAGAGGAAUUCUGUCCUGUGCUGCUGGGCGAAGCGAGGCUUGAAUAGCAGCAGGUCCACAAACCCGAGGGAAGCCACAGUAACUCGUGUGGACUCGAGCAGUUGGUGCUGCUGGUGUGUGCGUGUGCAGCCUGGCAGCGUUUGAAGUCAUCUCACCCUCGUGCUCAUCUAGGCUGACAGAAGUUCUGACGUGAGCAGUCUCAGAAUCCUUGACAAGCAGUCCGUCCGGCUUCCCUGACCGACAGGAGGCGGGAGACUUGCGCCAGACGCCAUGACGGCGGAGGUUCCGGACGUCGUCAAUGGCGGGUACUUCCAUGGCGGCUUCGACGACGGCAUCUUCGCCAUGGCGGACUUCGACGGCAUCGAGUUCGACAUGGGCCUGGCGCAGGACAACCUCGAGGCGGCGCACAAGCUGGGGCUGGGCGGAGCGCCGAUGGCGCACGACAUGGGGGUGGGGGACGCGGCGGACGACGACGACGACAUCUUCACGCAGCUCGCGGCCGCUGCGCCCGAUGCACCGUGCGCAGACCCCAGCAUCUCCUUUGCGGCAGGAGUGCCGCCCGCCGCAGCGCCGCCUAAGGCCGAGCCCUCGGAUUGCACGCAGCAGGCGGCGGCUGUAGCGGCGCAAGCGGACGAAGCAGGGCGGGGGAACCAGGACCGAGCAGGCGCGGGGGGCGGAAGGCCCGAGGAGGGGAAGCGGCGGGGGAUAUUUGAGAUUGCGGAAGUGAGCUUAGCGCCUUACUGCGUGUCGUCGGACAGGGAACCGACCACGGACCGGGGAGGAGGGGGCAAUGGCGGAGGCUUGGCGGGCGGAAGCGCGCGGACUGGGGAAGACGGGACCGCGCAGGUGAAUGUAACACCGGGAAAUGGAGCGGCGGAGGGCACGGCAUCUCCGCAGGGGUCGGACUGUAGCUUUUCCAUGAGCUCCUCUCCGCCCUCCCCCUCCCGCAUGCGCCAAUACGCGCAAAUGCACGCGCACGCGCAGGGGCUUGCGCAAACGCAGGCGGGGGCGGAGGCGGAGGCGCAGGCGCAGGGCAUGGGGGUGGUGGGGGACACCGCGAAUGCGGGGGAUGCGCCCGGUUCCCCGCCGUCGUCGUCGUUCGGGCACAGCCAGGUGUUCAGCCCCAUGGUGUCGCGGACCAAACCCGCGCACAAACACAAGGGCGCGGGAAGAACCGGGGGAGCAACGGACGUUGCGGGGAGGGCCGCGAACGGCGCAACGAGCAGCGGGCUGCCGUACCCUGGGGCGAUGGGGGGACACCACGGCGCGCCGAUGGCGCCGAUGGGGAUUCCCCCCAUGGGGAUGCCGGGGCACAUGCCGCCUGGAGCGGCGGCGGCGGCGAUGGCGCAGCACCACGCGAUGGCGGCGGCGCAAGCAAUGGCGGCAGCGCAGGCGAUGCACAUGGCGGCCAUGCAGGGCCACGCCAUGCCCGGCCACCCCAUGCCCGGGCACCCGUUCCCCAUGCCGCCCCCGGGGAUGAUGCCCGGGGGAAUGCCUCCGCCCAUGCCUGGCGGAAUGCCCCCUAGAAUGCCUCCUGGCGCGAUGCCCAAUGGGAUGAUGUAUCCGCACGGGCAUCCACAUGCCAUGCAGCACAUGCAGCAGGUGCACAUGCACAUGCACCACAUGCACAUGCACCACAUGCACCAGCAGCAGCAACAGAUGGCCAAGCAGCAGCAACAGCAGGCGCGCAAAUCCGGCGGCUGCUCGUCGUCCGCCAUCCCCGCGGACGACGACGACGCCGCCAUGCCCGCCGCUCCCCCCGCGCCUUCUCUCCCCGCGCUCCCCGGCCUCCCUCCCCCCUUCAUCUUCCCAGGCAUGAUGCCGCCUCCGGGUUUCCCCGGCGGCGCUGCUUCCCCCGUGCUGGGCACCCCGGUGCCCGCAAUGAGCGGAGCGAGCAGGGCGGGCGGGGGGGCGGCGGGGAGGGUCAAGGCGGAGCCGGUUACUGCCAAGGCUGGUUUUGGUCGCGUGGGGGAUAUUGUCCCCGUUAAGAGCGAAUCCGAUAGUCCGUCUAAGGAGGGAGCUUUCUCCUCCCCUCGCACGCGCCCUGGCGGCCCCAGUGGCAGCAGCGGCGCGCCGAGCCUCCCCAGACGCCGAAGCUACCACGAAGGUUUGGGCGGGCUGCAGGCCGCGGCUCGGAUGAGCGUGAACACAGCUUCGGGGGUGCCGAAGCUGCAAUGCGCGUCAGGCUCGGCAUCAGCAGCUUCAGGCUUGGGUUCUUCCGCGGUAGCAGCGGCGGGUAUGGCGCCGGGGAUGGCGGCGGGAAUGGCGCCGUCGAAGAUGCGGCGCGUGGCGUCCAUGGGGCAGCUGUCGCAGUGGAGCCGCGCGAGCGGAGGCGCAGCCGAGGGGGAGGGAUGGGGGGGCGGCGGGGGCGCAGCAACGGGGAUGGGCGGAGGCAUGAGCGCGAGGCGGAAGGGGGGAAUGGGCGCGGGGCCUGGCAACGGCAGCAGCGGGAACUCAGGGAGCGAGGAGGACGGGAGCGGAGAAGACCGCGCCGAAAGAGCGGGCGGAGGCGCGGGAACGCGCGGAGGAGCAGGGGAAGGGGCGGAAUCGGGGGAAGAGGAGGGGGAAGACGACGAGCUGAAGCCUCUGCCAUCGAUUCACCUUCAGCAGCAGCAGCAGCAGAUGCUGCUGCGGCAACGGAUGCUACAGAGGCGGGGAAUGAUGCCCCGCAGCCACAGCAGCCACUCCCUAGGCCAGCUGCACAAACAGGCGCUCGCGGCUGCUGGGGCAACUGGGGGCGGGGGACGGGCAAGAGCCGCCACUAGCGCGGGAGGGGCGUCGCUACUCUCCCCCAGAAGCAUGGGUCCUCCGCCGAUUCCCCCUGUUUCCCCGCGCGGGGAGUUUCCAGGGGCGCAGGCUGGCGGACGCAGCAGCAAGCAGGGGGGGAUGGGCGGAUGGGGGGGCGAGAACGGGACGAGGCGGGAAUCAGCAGCGGGGGAGUCGGGGGGAGCUGGGAUGGGCGCUGGGGGAGGCGGAAUGGGCGGAAGCAGAGGGGGGCUGGUAGGGGGAGCCGCGAAGUUGGGGCAAAUGAGCGGAGCAGGUGGCAGUGCGGGGGGGGUGAUGGGGGCGGAAGGGGGCGGGGGGAUGGGGGCGAUGGGGCUGACUCCGCCGCGACUGCCGUCGUUCAGCGGAAUGCGGAGAGUGCAGAGCACAGGCGAUAUUCAGUCCCUGAGCGCGCUGCAGGGGCUGCCCCUGCCUCUGGACGACGGCGGGGUGUUCCGCAUCGGCCGGUACACGGUGGAGGAGCGCCGGCAGCGCAUCUCGCGGUACCGGCAGAAGCGCCACGAGAGGAACUUCACCAAGAAGAUCAAGUAUGUGUGCCGCAAGACUCUGGCGGACAGCCGCCCGCGCGUCAGAGGCAGAUUCGCCCGCAAUGAUGACAUGGACCAAGUGGAGGGCAGCAACAGCCAUGGGGAGGACGGUGAGGGCGAGCUGCUGCCAGACGACCUCCCAUUGGCUGACGAGUUUUCUCCGGAAGAGUUUUCGGAGUUGCUCUUUGAUGGGCCCUUUAGUGCUGACGUGGCGUGUUGACAGGGCAUUGCGGGCAGGGACAAGGGGCAUUGCAGCCUGAGAUUUUGCUCAGGCUGCAUUGUGCGAGACAUGGUUUUGUGGGGUCUAAAGGAUCCGAAUCUGAGAGGGUAGACACCGACAUUGGUUCAGUGUGGAAUGGAGUGCUUGACAGUUCCCAAGGUGGGUGGGUUGAGGUACCCAUGGGUUGUGCUCGCCUGGUGUUUCAGGCUUGUUUUAGACGUCUGUUCUCAUACGUGAUAGUUUCUGAACAUUAUGUGUGUGUAGGCAUAUACACAUGGUGUAGACCCAUGUACAUACCGUACUUGUAUAGGUGCUCACUUAUGUUUGAAGUUUCCAUCCCGUGAGCAUUAGUUUUGCCACUUAUUUUAUUAUAGUCUAUUAUACCCCAAUAAA